CAUCUUCUUCGGUUCUAUUUUCUGGACCGAGAGCAGAGGCUCUUCAAGGGACGCGAGGAAGUAAAUUGCAAAGCUUAAUUCUUGAGCUACAGUGAUCCAAAAAUCCCGUAAGUAAUUUCUAAUUCAUCUAUACAUCGUGAUUUAUCGAUUAAGAGCUUUAAAACGAGUUUUUGGUUCAGGAAUUUCUUGAAUUCUGGAUAAGUCAAAUUAGUGUUUCGAAGUAUCCGGAAGCCGGAUUGAGCCCAAAUUUCUUCUACGAGCUUCCUGCAGCGAGGUAAUCAAUCCCCUAGUUCUAAUCCCUGAAUUUCGGCAAUUAUUUAGGUCGGGAUCCAAAUCGCUGAAUUUAGCUCCGGCCAGGGUUUGAUGUGUUUCUAUCGAGAAUUUGAUUCGGAGCCUAGAACUAAUAUUGAUGGGGAUACUGCAUGGGAUAUUAGGACGGUCUCGGAUUUUAAUUUGGGGUUCAUUCUUGAAAUUGAAGUUUUAGUACGGGAGGCUAGAACCGGUGUUUGAACGACCAGAACUGGUGAGGGAAUAGCACGGCAUACCGGGUUUGUCGUAUCACGAUAAUUAUAUUGAUGCUUAGAAUUGACUUAGGUGAAUUAGAAUGGCAUGAUUAGGGGUGUAUGGACUUUUAUGCUAUAUGAUGAAGCAUGGAUUGUUGUAUGAUAUUAUUGACUUGCCCUAGCCGAUAUGGACCUUGUUUAUGUUGAUGAUUGCAUACAUGUUGCAAUUUGUGGACUUGACUGUUGAUAUGCCUUAUGAUGGUUCGAAAAGGUGAUUGGGUAUGAUUUUUUAUGAUUAUUGUAUUUGGAUGCACAUGUGGGAAAAUAUAUAUUCCCUGGUGAUAUUAUGACGUUUAAGGAGGAUGACUGGCACGAGGGUUUAUCCCGAGGAAGUGCAAUUAUACGACUCCUGAUUUACCUAUGUUGAUUCAAUUGUGGCCAGGUCGAGUACAUGUGCAAGUAGCGAAUUAUGAUUAAGCAAAAUGAGAUAUGGAUCAUGGAUAAAGAUACCAAGUAAGAGUACUUUGGUCUCAUGGUCAAUUACAUAGUAAUUAGGGCUCCCCUUGCUAUUACUCCGUUAUGAUAUGUUAAAACAUGAUAAGAUGCAUAUGCAUAAGUCAAGGUGGUUGAGUCUUUUGCCUAUUGGGAUAUGAGGAUGGCUGAGGUCCGAUCCAAGUGUUUUGGCUUGAUUGAUAGAUGUGUGAUAGGGGUAUGCUCUGUUUUGAACUCACGAUGCUAUGAUUAUCUCACUCAGCUAUGAGCUGACCCUCUUUUAUUCUUCUUCUCUGCUUAUGCUAUGUGCAACCAGAUCAUCAGCAGCAGCAGUAGAUAAGUGUUAGGUGGGAGAGGAGCUAGAGUUGAAGCCAGGGUGAGGUAUGGUCUUCAACUAUUCUGUGCUUGGACUACUACUCGGUAUUUUGGCCAGUGAUCCACACCUUUUUGUAAAAAAAAAUGUUUUGAGAACGUUUUUCAUGUGCAUACUAGCUUUUGAUGUAGUGUGAGAUAUCCACGGGUGUGGAAAGUUGAUGAUAUGUGUAUAUAUUGUGUAACUGUGUAAGUUGUGACAAUUGUGGUAUGUAUAAGUAUGGUAUGCAGUUGUGGAGUAUGAAAGUGUGACUAUGGCUAAGAAAAGCCAAUGCAUAUGGUUGUGAGUAAAUAUGUUUGUGAUGAAUUAUUUUGCAAGAUAAGUUGCAAGAACUGUUAGCCCAUUACGCGAGUAAUUCAUGUCGAAAUUUUAUUUGGGUAAAUUUUGAUAAUUAAAGUACACCCGAGAUUAAUUUCGUUGUAAUUGUAUGAACAAUAUGAUUAGGCAAAACAUAUAGGGUAGGGUGUUACAUAAGGUGAGUUUAAAGGGGGUAAAUUCUAUGCCUUACGUAUUCUUUUAAGUAUUAUGAUUUUAAAUAUUUUAGCGAAUUGGUUACCGUUGCUUGAGUAUGUGUAUGAUUGAUUAUUUGUGCUUUGCUUGAGCUAUGAUUAAGGUGAUUUUGUGCUAUUUGAGGUGAUUUUGUGCUAUUUGUGGUGAUUUUGUGCUAUUUACCUUAAAGUGCUAUGUUAUGAGUUAUUGUUAAAGUUUAAGAAACAAGUUCUUUUUAAGAAGUAACUCACCUUCAAGAAGGUGAAGUCGUUUUUAAGUGUUUUUAGUCACUAGCGCCAGUCCGUUGCCUUUUGAGACAUUUUGAGAUAGAGCAGCAGUUAUGCUCUUGAGAAUCGUGGUGAAGAGCCACCACGAUAAGCUUUAGAUGUUAGGGGGAUGAAUCGUUACGACUCCCCUAACUAAGUUUAAGUUUAAGGAAAGCCUGGAUGGCUUCUCAUACGUAUGAGUUGGCAACCAGACUAGCUAGUGAGGGAUCCCUGAGUCAUUCAAAAGAUUUAAGUCAAGAUUUGAUCUUUAAGAAUGGAGAGUAACAGUAACUGCCAUACAGUUGUAAGAGUUAAGCUUUUUAAUAGUGGAAGUAAAAAACAACUUCCACUCAGUUAAGUAAAGUGAUCAAGUAUUAAUAAAGUGUUAAACGUAAGGGCGUAGACUGACCCCGUCUCACUCACCAGUUUGAAGAGCUAGAGGAUCUAAAGGAGCAGUUAGUGAGCAGCGAGUUCGAGGGCAGCCAGCUAGAGGAGAGCAGUAUAAGCGUCACUUGAGGUGCCAGAGAUCGAAUCCGAGCAUACAACAAAGUAGAGUUUUAGUUAUUGAUUUACGAUUAUGAGUAUAGACUGGAGAUCAGAUCGAGAUUUUAAAGUUUGAGUUUAAUUUGCCCACGUGUUGGGCUUUGCUUUGAACUUCAAGUGUGUUUUCAGUAUUUUAUUUAUGAAAAUUUUUGCCGCUGCAAUUUAAGAUUUGAGUAUUUUAUUUGUCAUGAACAUUUUAGUAAAAGUAGUACCCGGCCUGGUUAGGGUGUUACAUGAAGUCUUCGGAGCUCGAUUCCUCAACCUCGGAGUACCGAUUAGCCACCAAGAGCAGAUUCCCAUUGUCAGUUUGACGAUGUCUUUUCUGAGCAUAACAUUCUCACAUCUCUCCACGGAGUAAUUUUCCAUUUCAUCUGGGUAUGGAAAACCCUAGUUGUGUAUGUUAGGAAUGAUUAUAUGAAUCCCAUUUGCGAAUGAUCGAUUUGAUAAAUUCAAUUGAGGAAAUAUUUAGAAUUGCAUGAGUCCUGAUCAAACCUUUGUAAUUCUGGCUUUAACCUAGAACGAUAGUCUCUACAUUGGUCAAAAGAGAAACCUUUAAUUGAAAGUGGUGAAUUGACUGCUUUAGUCGAGAAGUCGAUCCAUUGCUCUAUACUGGAACAAAAGCAGUAGUGGAAGUUUCGUGUGGUUAGCCUUGGUUAGUGUAUGUCGGUGGAGGUUAGUCCCCCGUUGGGUAUUCGAACCGAGAGGGUCGGGAUAACUUUAGUCAAGAGUCCAGACCAGUAAAGAACGCGGUUUAUCUGUCAAUCUAAGUAAGUUGGGAACAUAUAACAUGAACUAGCUGCAUACUAGGGGGAAACAAACCUGGAUGACCUUUAGCACUUGAAAAGAACCAGAACAUUGCUUCCUUUUCAUUUCUUUUGUGUUGGAAUCACUUCACUCACUUAGUCCCACUAGAUAAUAGAAGUUCACGGAGUAGGCAUUAGAUAUAGAUCCUGAGUCGAUAAUUUAACUAACUCGCUAUCACACAACUCCUAACAAAGGCCAAGUGUAACCAAUGAAAGGGACUGCAAUAUAGUGGCUCAAGUAAUAAAUAUCGAAUCCACAGGUCCUUAAAGUUACUAUUACUCAGCUUAAGUUCAUAAUCUAGCAAACCAGAUUAAGAUAGAACAACUAAAACUACUCUAGCAAACUAUAGUUAAAGUUAAUCUAAUUAUAGGUUGGGAACUCACUUAGGUAUGAUUCCCCCUAGCCACUAGCCAGAUUAAUGAUUGAUGAUAUCUAACCUGUUUAACUAGACCUUGAGUCUUGACCAAAGGAACAAGGCCAUCUUGAGCCAAUUGCCUAGAGGGACGUAUCCUUCUCUAGAACAACAGAUCAAGGCGUUCUGAACUAGAAUCCGUCUAUCGAAUGAGGUUCUCAAACGAUACAAAGCAUUGAAUCAAUCCUCGACUAAAGCAAUCGAUCCAAUACUAUCAAUCUAUGGUGCUCUAUUGACCUAAUAAGGUAUUCGCUCUCAUAGGAUCAAAGCAGAAUCAAUAAUCUAGACUAAAGCAGAAUUGAAUCAUGAAAACAUGCAUAGGUUGAAUAUGAACUCAAGAUUAUCAAGUAAGAGUACUCAUACAAUCAUCCAAUCAAACAAAAUGGCUAGGGUUCUUCAAGAGAAGUUACUCCAUAGAGAAGAGAGAAACUGCAGUAAGAACCUUCAGAUGAUCAGUCUUCAAGUCCGGGCUUGUUCCUCGUGAUCCAAGGCGAAGAAAUCCUCCAAUUUCACUCCAAGAUCGCCCUCCAAUCACCCUCUCUCUCUUUGGUUCGUCCCAGCUCCCCCCCUCCAAAAAUGCACAAAACAGGUUUUUAACAGCCUGCGUUCGCGAAACCCGGUCCAUAUGCCCGGUCGGGUAUUUAGGGAACCAGUCGGGUAUCAACAAAAUGCUCCGGGUCACUUUUAUGGACAAAAUGGUCGGGUAUUUUUGGUUCACGACCGGGGUACCUUCUGAUGCUGCCAAAAAUACCCUAUCAGGUGGUCAAAAUACCCGGUCGCGUAUUUUGCAAUUACGGGUCCCCUAUCUUUGAUUCUUCGUUUCUCCCUCAUUUGGACUCCAAAUCAGGUGUCAUUUGAUCCCAGACGCGCGUAGUCUCGUCCUCUUUCUCCUCUUGAAAAUCUUGAAUGAUUCUAUGGUCACAAAUUGAGGUAGAGAUCCGUUCUUCUUCAGGUCAUGCCCGAGUUUCGUCCCCCGAGUUUCAAAUUGAUCUCCGAUUUACUUGAAGCUUGCGCCUAUGCUUCACUUUAUGUGCUAGGACCUAAAUUAUGACAAAGGAACACAAACUAGUGUAAAAUAGGCCAAAGAAGUGAUAAUGCAAGCUAAAACGAUCAAGAAACAAAGGGGAAAACAUGUGCAAAUAUCGAGUCAUCAUUAACCUAAACCACUAUUCUGCAUUUCCACUCUGCGAUUAUACUUGAUCUUAAUUUGGUCUUGUGUCAUAGCGUGUCAAGUUUUUGGCACCGUUGCCAGGGACCUCUAGGUUAUUGGAGAAACAUGAAUAUCUGUUACUUUAACAUUUACUUAAUAUCAUUUUCUUUCUUCUCCAUGUGUGCCUUCACGGGUUGUUCUUGCAGCUGUGUGCAAGUAGUGCAUGACCCGUAGCCAUCCGGGAGAGCUAUAUUCGUUAGAUCAAGAGCUCGAACGAAAUUUUCUUAACACUCGUUAGUUCAAGUGAGCUUUGAAGGUGCGACUGCUGUGGAGGAGGCUUUGUAGCAGCUGAACAUCAACCAGGAAGACGACAUGGGAGAACCCGACAAUGGAGGGGACAUUGUUCCCGAUGAGCAUACCAUGUGAUACUACUGGACUGCUAGAGCCGCAAACAUGAGGUCGCCCAUCUAGCACCCUCAAUUUUAAGCUAAGAACUCCGAGAUGAGCACCUCUGUCAUCACCAUGCUGCGUGACUUAGUGGUCUUCAUUGGGAAAUCGGUCGAGUUUCCUAGAGCUUACAUGCAGCGAUUCCAUGAGCUGAUCGAUGGAUUCAAGAUUAAAGGGGUCCCGUAGGACGCCAUUCAGAUGCAAUAUUUCCCUUUCACUCUGGAGGACAGGCCAAGGUGUGGUUGGAAAACUGACCUCCGGGGUCCAUCACGACCUUCACUGACUUGGCCAACAAGUUCUUGACCCGUUAUCGCCCCCUGUCCAAGAUAGCUGACUUGCAAAAAGAGAUUGCAAACUUUGCCCAGGAGGAGGAUAAAACCAUUCGGGAUGCUUGGGAGAGGUAUACAACCCUCUUCCUAAAGUGACCCAACCAUGGUUUUAAUGACGCUUUCAAGGUGUACCACAUCCUCUUUCCAGAAGACAAGCAGCUGAUUGACUAGGUCUGUGGCGGGAAUAUGCUGAACAAAACGCCACCGCAGUUAAAUCAUCUCUGGUAGAGCAGGGUUAUGAUUGCAGGAUUGCGAGGAGGUCAAGAAGAGCACCAGACCGGGGUGUGCAUGCUAUAGACAACCGGUCAUCUGUAUUGGUGCAGGUUGUCUCAAAGUUGGUCAUGCAGCUAUACAAAACUAGAAUGAUCUCUGGUGGAGCGGUACAUGAUCAGGUGCCGCAAUGCCAGUGAUGCAAGAGCAACCACCACACGGUGGAAGACUGCCAGGCAAUGAGGGAGUCUACCACCCCUAGGAGCAGCUGGACUUCAUCAGCAAUGCUAAGUGCAUCGACCCCUACAACAACACCUAUAAAAAGGGAUGACGAAGAGAACCCCUUGGGCAAGGAUUGGAGCAAUCUGAAGUCUUCAGAGCUCGAUUCCUCAACCUUAGAGUAUCGAUUAGCCACUAGGAGUAGAUUCCCAUUGUCAGUUUGACGAUGUCUUCUUUGAGCAUGACAUUCUCACAUCUCUCCAUGGAGUAAUUUUCCAUUUCAUCUCGGUAUGAAGAACCCUACCUGUGAAUGUUAGGAAUGAUUGUAUGAAUCCCAUUUUCGAUUGAUUGAUUUGAUAAAGUCAAUUGAAGAAUUAUUCAGAAUUGCAUGAGUCCUGACCAAACCUGUGUAAUUCUGGCGUUAACGUAGAACGAUAGUCUCUGCAUAAGUUAAAAGAGAAACCUUUAAUUGAAAGUGGUGAAUCGACUUCUUUAGUCGAGAAGUCGAUUCACUGCUCCGUACGGCGGUACGGGAACAAAAGCAGUAGUGGAAGUUUCGUGUGGUUAGCCUCAGUUAGUGUUUGCCAGUGAAGGUUAGUCACCCGCCGGGUAUUUGAAGCGAGAGGGUCUGGAUAUAUUUAGUCGAGAGUCCAGACCAGUAAAGAACUUUCUGCGGUUUAUCAGUCAAUCUGAGUAAAUUGGGAACAUAUAACCUGAACUAGCUGCAUACUAGGGGGAAACAAACCUGGAUGACCUUUAGCACUUGAAAAGAACUAGAACAUUGCUUGCUUUUCAUUUAUUUUGCGAUGGAAUCACUUCACUCACUUAGUCCCGCUAGAUAAUAGAAGUUCACGGAGUAAGCAGUAGAUCUAGAGCAUGGGUUGAUAAUUUAACCUGAACCACUAUUAUGCAUUUCCACCCUGCGAUUAUACUUAGUUGUAGCAUGUCGAGUUUUUGGCGCCGUUGCCAGGGACCUCUAGGUUAUUGGAGAAAGUGAAUAUCUGUUACUUUAACAUUUACUUAUUAGCAUUUUCUUUCUUCCCCCCUGUGUGCCUUCACGGGUUGUGCUUGCAGCUGUGUGCAAGUAUGCAUGACCCGUAGCCAUUCGGGUCUAAUUGUGCACUUUUUAUCCCCAAUUCUCUUUGACGUUUUAUGCGAGGUUGCUUGUGUUUCAGUGUGUUUCAGAUCCUAACAGGUAAAACCUAACCCAGAGUCGAAAGUUGUAAGAAAAGGAGCAAAGAUCGGAUAAAGAGGUGGAGACAGCAAAUUUUCAUGGCCAGACGUUGGAGUUCACGGUCUAACAAGACAGUGAAAUGGAGCCAGAACCCAUGAACCGAGGAGCCAACAAAGAGGGUUUGCAGGUUACUGACGCCCAGGCUUUUCACGGUCUCUAAGACUAUGAAAAGAGGCUACUUACCUUGAACCCGAGCCAUUGAAGCAGUGCAUUUUGGUCUCAACACUGAGUUCUCAGACGCGUUUCAAUGUUCACGGCCGUGAACUCAGAUCAUGAACUGGGCGCGAUAUCAACUUAAAAGGAAAGCUGAAAGGAAGAAGAAGGGGAGAGACCUAGAGUUAGAAACUUUCCUUCUUCAGAUUUUAAAGUGAGAAAGUGACGAACCAAAGAAGAGGAAAUGCUAGGGUUUCAUGUCCAAACAAGGUUUUGGAAAUUCCUUCCCCAAAGGAGGAUUUCUUCAGCACAAGGAGCAAGGAUUGCAUCUUCUUGAUGGUUUCCCUUUCCCUCUCUUGUGUUUUCCCUUCUCCUUGCAUGGAUUAGUACCUUCUUUCACUUGCUUGUUUGUAAACCCUAGCUACAAUUAUGUGAAUGCUUGUAUGAAUUGAACGAUUUGUGUGUGGUUGUGUUUUAAUGUGAAUGUGGAGGUAUUAUUCAAAAAUGAUUGUGUUGUGUGAAAGCCUAUCAAUCUAAUUGCCAUUCUAAGAUAGCUUAGAGAGGAGACCUCCUUAGGUUAGGAGGCUCAAUUUGAGAUGGGUGUUCUUGGGGAUUUCAUGCCUCCUAGGCUAGUUUAGAGAGGAAACCUUCUUACGCUAAGAGGCUCAAUUUGAGAUGGAUGUUCUUGGCCAUUUCAUGCCUCCUAGGCUAGUUUAGACAGGAAACCUCCUUUACCCAAAAGGGGCUUGAUUUGAGACGGGUUUCCUUGGGCAUUCAAUGCCUCCUAAACUAGUUUAGUGAGAACCCUCCUUAACUUAAGAGGCUCUAUUAGAGAUGGGUUUCCUGGGGCAUUCUAUGUCUCCUUUUCUAGGUUAGUUAAAGGGAAAACCUCCUAAUUCGCAUUAGCACUUAGGGUUUGGUUGUGGGUAACCGUCCGAACUCCAAUUCGACGGCGAAGUCUAACCAUUCCUUAGUUGAUAUGUUUAGAGGGUUACAUUAGUGGCUUGGAUCGUAUCCCAUUCCCCAACCUAAAGGCUAAGAGGGUAGCUUUGGCUGCUUGUUAGACUUCCCUGCGAUUUAUGACCCCCUAAACACACACGGUCUUUCUAUUCUUCAAGUCAUAAUUGUUAGCUAGGGGGAGCAACACCCGGGUGAAGCUUUCUCAACUAGUGUUAAAUCCAUUUUAUCUUCACAAAGCAAUUUAGUUUUAGACCUUUGUUUUCACCAAAUCCAAUCUGCUAGAUAAUGUUUCAAAUAGUCGUAGUAGCAGUACAUGACCGGCUCAGAUUGAUAUUUAUUAUAGGUGACAAAACAGAACCUGACCCGACUAACCCGCACGAUCAACCUGAUGACUCGAUAUAUACACACGUUUUUGUCCACCAUUCUUAUACUGUUUCAGACUCAUUUCUGGUGUUUUAAAUCGAUUUCAGCUAGGGUGCUCUUGUUUGUGAUAUUUCAGGUCCUGUACGUGAAGGAAGGUUUAGGCAUGAGUUCGGGAUCGAUUGGACGAAGUUGGGAUGUUUAACAAAAAACCGAGGAAUCCACACGGCCUAACAAACAUGCAUACGGCCGUGUGGUACUACCUUGCACGGGAAAAGCCACACGGGCCGUGUAAGGAGCACUUUUGCCCGUGUGGGAUUUCCAGAGGCUUCACACAGGCUGGCUGGAAUUUGACACGGCCGUGUAGCGUACCUGGAGUCAAUAAUUUGAAUGCUGCGUUUUGGAGAGUUACACGGGCAGUUGGGGAUUUCACACGACCGUGAGGCCUGGCCGUGUGAUAGGGCAGAACUGGGUUUUAACCCAAUUUUGGGUCUUUGAAUAGGGAGACGAAUUUUCAGAGCCAAAACAUAGUCUUAGAGAGAGAAAGUGUGAAGAACAAACCCUAGAAUUGAUUUUAGAGCUGGGUUUCAUCAAUCAAGCUUGGAUUUUGUC